CACGCCGCGGUAAAUGGGAGGCUCGGCCGGCGGGGGCGGGGGCCGCGCAGCCGGGGAGUUUCAGGAACUGGAGGAGCGGGCGGCGGCUGGAGUCGCCCAGAGCCGAGACUCGGGGCCGAGGCGGAGGCGGAGCCGCCGCCGCCGCCGCCGCGCCGGGGCCCAGCUGUAGCCACCACCGCCUUCGCCGUCGUCCGGCCGACUCGGGCCGACAGCCGCGGCACGGGAGGGGAGCCGGCCGUCCCGGGCCGGGGGAUCCGUCCGCCAUGGCCACCAAGGCUCGGGUUAUGUAUGAUUUUGCUGCUGAACCUGGAAAUAAUGAACUGACGGUAAAUGAGGGAGAAAUCAUCACAAUUACAAAUCCGGAUGUUGGUGGAGGAUGGCUGGAAGGAAGAAACAGCAAAGGAGAACGAGGGCUUGUUCCCACAGACUACGUUGAGAUUUUGCCCAGUGAUGGAAAAGAUCAGUUUUCUUGUGGAAAUUCAGUGGCUGACCAAGCCUUCCUCGAUUCCCUCUCAGCAAGUACAGCUCAAGCCAGUUCAUCGGCAGCCAACAGUACCAACCAGGUCAGCAGUGGCAAUGACCCCUGGUCAGCCUGGAAUGCUUCCAAAUCUGGAAACUGGGAAAGCUCAGAUGGCUGGGGAGCCAAGCCCGAGGGGACUGCAGCCCAAAGAAACACUUCCAACAACUGGGACACUGCCUUUGGUCAUCCUCAGGCCUACCAAGGACCAGCAGCUGGCGAUGACGACGACUGGGAUGAAGACUGGGAUGAGCCCAAGUCGUCUUCUCCCUACUUCAAGGAUUCAGAGUCGGCAGAAGCAGGAGGUGCCCAGCGAGCAAACAGCCGUGCGGGCUCCUCUUCCAUGAAGCUGCCGCUUAACAAGUUUCCUGGAUUUGCAAAACCUGGAAUGGAACAGUAUUUGUUAGCCAAGCAACUAGCAAAACCCAAAGAGAAAAUUCCUAUCAUUGUUGGAGAUUAUGGCCCAAUGUGGGUUUAUCCUACCUCUACAUUUGACUGUGUGGUAGCAGAUCCAAGGAAAGGCUCCAAAAUGUAUGGUCUGAAGAGCUACAUUGAAUAUCAGUUAACACCUACUAACACUAAUCGGUCUGUAAACCACAGGUAUAAGCACUUUGACUGGUUAUAUGAGCGUCUGCUGGUUAAGUUUGGGUCAGCCAUUCCAAUCCCUUCUCUUCCAGAUAAGCAAGUCACAGGUCGCUUUGAAGAAGAGUUUAUCAAAAUGCGCAUGGAGAGACUCCAGGCAUGGGUGACCAGGAUGUGUCGUCACCCAGUCAUCUCAGAAAGUGAGGUUUUCCAGCAAUUUUUAAAUUUCCGAGAUGAAAAGGAAUGGAAAACUGGGAAAAGGAAGGCUGAGAAAGAUGAGCUGGUGGGAGUUAUGAUAUUUUCCACCAUGGAACCGGAGGCACCUGACCUGGACUUAGCAGAAAUAGAACAGAAGUGUGACGCUGUUGGUAAAUUCACCAAAGCCAUGGAUGACGGCGUGAAGGAGCUGCUGACCGUAGGGCAGGAGCACUGGAAGCGGUGCACAGGACCAUUACCCAAGGAAUAUCAGAAGAUAGGCAAGGCCUUGCAGAGUUUAGCAACAGUCUUCAGCUCUAGUGGUUAUCAAGGUGAAACAGAUCUCAAUGAUGCAAUAACAGAAGCAGGAAAGACGUAUGAAGAAAUUGCCAGUCUUGUGGCAGAACAGCCAAAGAAAGAUCUCCAUUUCCUGAUGGAAUGCAAUCACGAGUAUAAAGGUUUCCUCGGCUGCUUCCCUGACAUUAUUGGCGCUCACAAGGGAGCAAUAGAAAAAGUGAAAGAAAGUGAUAAGCUGGUUGCAGCUAGUAAGAUCACCCCGCAGGACAAACAAAACAUGGUGAAACGCGUUGGGACAAUGUCUUAUGCUUUGCAAGCUGAGAUGAAUCACUUCCACAGUAACCGUAUCUAUGACUACAACAGCGUCAUCCGCCUGUACCUGGAGCAGCAGGUGCAGUUCUACGAGACGAUUGCGGAAAAGCUGAGGCAGGCCCUCGGUCGCUUCCCGGUGAUGUAGGACAGACAGAACGAACGUGAAGAAACGCCGAAGUGCUUCCUUCUGACUUGGGGCAACACAAUUUGAUCCCCUCCCCCAUCAUCCAAAAAGAAAGAAAGAAAGAAAACCAAAAAGAAAUAAGAGUUGGAAAAAACUGCAUUUCUUUUAAGUGUUUAAAUGCAUCAGUUCUUUAGGGAUAGUGUUUUGUUCAUUUCCACAUCCGUUAUUUAAACCAAUGGAAGGAAGUUGUCUAUUUUUGGAAAGUAAAGUGAUCAGAAUUUUGAGUGGAAAAUUAGGGACUUCCCCACUGAUAUUUUACAUAAACUUGUAAUUUAUGAGUCACCUACAAUCUUCCAGUUCUUACCCAAUGUCAGAUAAUUACUAAUUGCUUUCUUAAAAAUAUGAAAUAUGC